UCCACCCGUGAGGAUCAUCGUAGUGCGGCGAGCUGAGACGGAGAAAGCCGAGCAGGAUUAAUCCGAUAUUAGAUCAGAUAUUAGAUUUAAUAUCAGGAGAGAAAACCGUGACUGUCAUGUUUCCGUUCAGGUGCUCGGUAGCUUUGAGGGAUCUGAUCAAACCGAACCGGACCCGUCCGAUCUUGCGCGGUACCGCAGGAAAUCAGACUGCACGAGCCGCGCGCGCUCCUGCACGAGGAUGCCGCCGUUAUCUGUGCACGAGCUCCGGUCAACCGACAGACGGCAAAGAUGCAGCAAACGAGAAAAGAAGGAAGGCAGGAAUCCUGCCCAGUCUGGAGGAUCUGCUCUUUUAUACCAUCGCUGAGGGCCAAGAUAAAAUCCCAGCACACAAGUUUACUACGGCGUUGAAAUCGACAGGCCUACGUACAGGAGAUCCCCGUCUGAAGGAGUGUAUGGAGAUGCUGAAGAUCAUACUGAAGACCACUUCUGAUGGAGCUCUGGAUCGACACCUCUUUAAAAAAUGUGUCCAGAGCAACAUUGUGCUGCUCACUCAAGCUUUCAGGAAGAAGUUUGUGAUUCCUGAUUUCCAGUCGUUCACGUCGCACAUAGACGAGCUGUACGACGGCGCAAAGAAACUCUCUGGAGGACAGGUGGUGGCAGACUACAUCCCCCAGCUGGCUAAGUUCAGCCCUGAUUUCUGGGCCGUGUCUCUCUGUACAGUUGAUGGACAGCGACACACUGUAGGUGACACCAAAGUGCCCUUCUGCUUACAGUCGUGUGUGAAGCCUCUGAAAUACGCCAUCGCUGUUCACGAUCACGGCACUGAGUACGUGCACCGCUUCAUAGGGAAAGAACCCAGUGGACUGCGCUUCAACAAACUGUUCCUCGAUGAGGAUGAUAAGCCACACAAUCCGAUGGUGAACGCAGGAGCCAUAGUCUGUACCUCGCUCAUCAAGCAAGGCGCCGGCAACGCAGAGAAGUUUGACUACGUGAUGAACUUCAUGAAGAAGAUGGCAGGAAACGAGUACGUGGGCUUCAGCAACGCUACGUUUCAGUCUGAGAGACUGUCUGGAGACAGAAACUUUGCCAUCGGCUACUAUCUGAAGGAGAAAAAGUGUUUCCCCGAGGGCACAGAUAUGACCGCUAUCCUGGACUUCUACUUCCAGCUGUGCUCUAUAGAGGUGACGUGUGAGAGUGCUAGCGUGAUGGCGGCUACGCUGGCCAACGGAGGAUUCUGUCCAAUCACAGGUGAGCGUGUGCUGAACCCUGAGGCUGUGAGGAACACGCUGAGCCUCAUGCACUCCUGUGGCAUGUACGACUUCUCCGGCCAGUUCGCUUUUCAUGUGGGUUUACCAGCAAAAUCAGGUGUGGCUGGUGGUAUUUUGUUGGUGGUUCCCAAUGUGAUGGGUAUUAUGUGCUGGUCUCCUCCUCUGGAUAAACUAGGGAACAGUGUCCGUGGCAUCAAGUUCUGCACGGAUCUGGUGCACCUAUGUAACUUCCACAACUAUGAUAAUCUGCGUCACUUUGCUAAGAAGCUGGAUCCUCGACGAGAAGGCGGAGACGAGCGGGUAAAGUCUGUCAUAAAUCUGCUGUUUGCUGCCUACACAGGAGAUGUCUCUGCAUUGAGGAGGUUCGCUCUGUCCUCGAUGGACAUGGAGCAGCGGGAUUACGACUCCAGGACGGCGCUCCAUGUGGCUGCUGCUGAAGGUCACACUGAGGUUGUACGCUUCCUUCUUGAGGCCUGUAAGGUGAACCCUGUACCCAAGGACAGGUGGGGAAACACACCCAUGGAUGAGGCUGUACACUUCGGUCAUCAUGACGUUGUGACCAUUCUGCAGGAUUACCACAACAAGUACAGCCCUCAGGAGAGCUGCGCCAACGGGGACAAGGAGACAGCAGAGAAGAACCUGGACGGCUUGCUCUGAGACGUGUGUGUGUGUGUGUGAGAGGGACAUGUUCCUGAUGAUUAUAUCAAUAGAGUCUGUGUAGUGUUUGUGCAGCAGUGUGUAUUUAUAAUGGAUUGUGUUAGAAGUGUGUGUGUGUGCGCGCGUUUCCCCAUAACGUACUCCAGGUAUGUAACCUGAAGGUGAUGUCCUCCAGGGUUGCCAGUUUGGUGUAAUUCUGCUCAGUGCCAUUCCUGACUCUAUUUAAUCAGAAGACUUUGACGAUUUAAAAACUCUAAAUUAAGAAAGAUUAAACUAGCUCAAUCUGGCAACCCACGUGACCUUCACACCCAGUCUCCCUUUACCGCAGGUGUGUUAUUUAUCCACACACUCUGAACGUGUUGUAUAUUACGCAUUAGUGUUGUGUUUAAUAUCGGGAAAUAUUUAUCGUCCUAGUUUUUUAGAUUGUUACAGAAACAAAGAUUUUAGAUUUCUUUUUUUUUUUUAAAGAAACGAUCAAUCAGGUCCGGGCUCGUGGGAGAAGCUUUUCUUCGCUCACGUCGUCACUUGCCUUUCGAAUGUGGUUUAAAGGGUUAACGGUACAGAUGUACGACAGAAACCUCUAACGCAGGGACGUCACGUUAACACCUAAAAAAAAAACACUGAAUCGUCUGACGCUUUUUAAAGGUUCCAAAUAGAACCCGAGAACAAGAACCUUCACUCCAGACGGCUUUGUCCGCCACAGAAUGAUGAACAGUGUGUCAGAUUCUCCAGGUUAUUAGUACAAGGAUAAAAAGUGUUCGCUCGACACUGGAUUGUCUUGUGGCUCUUACACAUGGAGAGAGAGUGUGUGUGUGUGUGUGUGUGUGUUAUUGUGUUGUACUGUAUUUGUGAUUAUGGGCUGGUUUGUGUUUAGCGUCUGAUUUCUAUGGGAUGCUUUGUUUCAGUGUGUGUGUGUGUGUGUGUGUGUGUGUGUGUGGUUUUAGUGACUGAGAUCAGUUCUGAAUGCACUAUAGUGUGUCAGGUGAGUUUUUAGGGACCAGAGACAUGAUGAUUGCAGGUGAGUUGCUGUAAAGACCAAAUGGGUUCACAAGUUUGUUUCAUUAUUUAUUUAUUUAUUGAAUCCAAUGUAUUGAAACUGAAAGCUCACAAUAUAUUUCUCAGCCUGGAUACACCGGUGUCCGAUUGUGUGCAUUUCUGCAGCAUUAACACACACUAACACACACACACACACACACACAUACAGAUCUACAGUCGUGUGGGUGGGUGUGUGUGGGUGGGUGGGUGUGUGCUCGCGCUCGCUCUCCUGGUUUCCAAAAGUAUCAGCACCUUUUGUCUGUAGAUUGAAUCUUAAUUGUUACCGAAUAUUUAUGUAUUUAUUUAUUUGUUUGUUUGUUUGUUUAUUUAUUAUUUUUGAUAUAAAUAUAUUGUGACCGUGAUUUUGGAGACACUGCAGCUUGUCUUUACACCGUUGUACCUCCUCUUAUUCUUUUUUUAUUAAGUGUAUCCAGGCUGGAAAAGCAUUAAUAUCACACAUAUACUGCAAAAAACCUCUAGUAUGAAAAAACAAACAAACUGUAGCACAAGAAGCUUUGUGUUCAUGACAGAGUUGCUGCAGGAGAGGAAAAGAGUCGCCAGGGUAUUUCUAACAACAUCCAAUCAGACAGUUCACAAACUGAAUCUAAUCUAAUGACACGCUGCACUCUGUCCAAUCACAGGCUACGUUUAGGACUGAAUGUAUCUCAUAUAUAUUAUAUUACACACAUGUUCUUCAUAUAAAGAUCAAUAUGCACAUGUUUGUUUGUAUGCUUCCUGUUACGCUGUUCAGUCAGUUGUGUUGCUGCUGAAGCUGAGCACUUUGUUUCAAACAAAACAUCAAAUAAAAGCAAAGCUUUUCAAAAGUU